UGACCCGGCAUCGCUCUCGCUCAGCUUCCAACUCGAUGAUCCCGGCUCAGCUGCCCAGGCUGUUUACAUUUUAGCUGCUCCCUGCGGGGUAGAAAAGAGAAGGCAGGGGCAACUGAACGGGGCAUUCUGGGCCCGAGGUCUUGGGGGUCCGUGGUGGAAGUGAAGGCAGGGAAGGGGGCACAGGAAUUGAGGGGGUGCCAGGAAGACCCCCAGCCUUCCUGCACCCCAGCACCGUCAUGGCCCAGGAGCGUGGUGUUAACAGUCUGCGCUUCAACCAGGACCAGAGCUGCUUUUGCUGUGCAAUGGAGUCUGGGGUCCGGAUCUACAAUGUGGAGCCACUGAUGGAGAAGGGGCACCUGGACCACGAGCAGGUAGGCAGUGUGGGCCACGUGGAGAUGCUGCAUCGGAGCAACCUGCUGGCAUUGGUUGGGGGCGGUUCCAACCCCAAGUUCUCUGACAUCUCAGUGCUAAUCUGGGACGAUGCCCGUGAAGGGACGGACAAGCUGGUUCUGGAGUUCACCUUCACCAAGCCUGUCCUGGCCGUGCGGAUGCGGCAUGACAAGAUCGUGAUUGUGCUGCGGAGCCGCAUCUAUGUGUAUUCAUUUCCUGAGAACCCAUGCAAGCUCUUCGAGUUUGACACCCGCGAUAACCCCCGAGGGCUCUGCGAUCUUUGCCCCAGUGUGGAGAAGCAGCUUCUGGUCUUCCCUGGACACAAAUGUGGGAGCCUCCAGCUGGUGGACUUGUCCAGCACAAAGCCAGGCACGUCAUCAGCCCCAUUCACCAUCAAUGCCCACCAGAGUGAUGUGGCCUGUGUGGCCCUGAACCCUCCAGGCACCGUGGUGGCCUCGGCUUCCCGCAAGGGCACCCUCAUUCGCCUCUUUGACACCCAGAGCCGUGACAAGCUGGUGGAGCUACGCCGGGGCACUGACCCUGCCACUCUCUACUGCAUCAACUUCAGCCCUGACUCUUCUUUCCUCUGUGCCUCGAGUGACAAAGGCACCGUCCAUGUCUUCGCUCUCCGUGACACCCGCCUCAACCGCCGCUCUGCGCUGGCACGGGUGGGCAAAGUAGGCCCGGUGCUGGGCCCCUACGUGGACUCACAGUGGAGCCUGGCCAGCUUCACAGUGCCAGCUGAGGCAGCCUGCCUCUGUGCUUUCGGCCGUGGGGCCCCCGCCGCCCACUCUGUCAUCGCAAUCUGCAUUGAUGGCACCUUCCACAAGUUCGUCUUCACACCUGAUGGCAGCUGCAACCGCGAGGCCUUUGACGUCUACCUGGACCUCUGUGAUGACGAUGACUUCUGAGGCCCCCUCAGCCCCAAGGCAUACUGGGAGAGCAUCCUAGACUGCUGAGGAGUGUUUUUCUCUCACACCCUUCCAUGGCAUCCUGGGAUUAUGGCUAAUGCUCUCACCUCCUUGGGACUGUGGCUGACCUUUUCUCCCUAGCAUCCUAGAAACCUUCUUCUCCCCCCCCCCCCCCCCCAGGCAUCCUAGGACUGUGGGUAAGCUCUCACCCCCACCCCAAGGUAUACUGGGAGAUCAGCCAAGACUUCCUCCCAGCCUCAGCUGAUCAACCCUCCCCAGGCUCCAACACCUUGGGGUGCUCCUCUCCAGCACCAGGACAUGCUGGGACUAUGGCUGACCUAUCCCCACUCCCCAGGCAUGAGUAGCCAAGCCCCUUGCCCACUAGCAAGGAAUGCUGGGAACCCUGUGUCACAUCUCUCUAACCCCCCCCCCCCAAAUUAAAUGUACCUGGACUUCACAAAGGC